AAAUUGAAGUUUGAAUGCUCCAGACCUUGAACGGUGACCUUGGACUACCUCAUGAUGAUUGCGUUGGUGUUUCCCCAUCCCACCCAGAAUGAAUAAUAGAGGAAUCCCUAUGUUACCUCGUAGAUGGUUGAAAUGUCCGCGUAUGGGAGACAUGAUAUUAGAUAUAUUCAUUCCAUUCAAAACACCGUUGGACAAUAAGUUUGAUCAUUUCAUCGAUCCGGAUGAUGUGUUUCACGUAGACGAUGCAUUCAAAACAGCGGAACCGUACAAACUUGGUCUAAUUAUCGACUUAACAAAAUCUCGUAGGUUUUAUAAUCGACGCGAAGUAACAGAACAGGACUGUAAAUAUUUGAAAAUAGAAUGUAAAGGUAAUGAGGAACGACCAACAUCAGAACAAGUGAAUCUUUUUAUACAAAUUGUUAAUCAAUUUCUCGACAAUAAUACUGGAAAUCAGAAAAUAGGAGUUCAUUGCACUCACGGAUUCAACAGAACGGGAUUUAUGAUUAUUGCUUAUCUCGUUGAAGAGUUGAACUAUGGCGUAGAUAUAGCGGUUCAAAUAUUUUCGGAUGCUAGGCCUCCUGGAAUUUACAAGGCAGAUUAUUUAGAAGAUCUCUUCACACGUUAUGGGUGUAUCGAGGAUUGCCCACAAGCCCCUUCACUUCCUGAUUGGUGUACAGAGGACGAAGAAUACAGUUUACCUACGCCAGCUAAGAGAAAAAACGAAGAAUUGUGUACAAACGUGGAUAAUCAAGAGACAGUUUCCUCAUCAAAAAUAUCACGCCUAAGCGAUCAUAUAGAAGAAAAUGUGCCUUUUAGUGUUCCUACAAGCAAAAGCUUUCCUCCACCGCCUCCAGGAAAUCCAGAUUUUAUGGAAGGGGUUUCUAAGGUUGAUGUUUUGGCUCAGGACAGUCCAGAAGCACAUGAGGCACGCGAUUUAUCGGACAAACUGUGCAAAAUGGGUGGUUUUUUAUUUAUAGAGGGUCACUUGUUUCCUGCAACCGAUUCAACAUCUGAAAAUGAACAAGAACCUGAGAAUUUAGAAGCAAAUCGCAGCGAAAAGACUUCAAAACCAUCUAAAAGGCCUUUACGUUUCAAAGGUAGUCAACCAGUCUCCAUAACACAACGAAAUAUAGCAGCUCUGGUCAACUCUGAUUAUUGUGUAACGUACAAGGCUGAUGGCACUCGUUAUCUUAUGCUCAUAAUGGGUCCUGGUCGUGUCUAUCUAAUAGAUCGGGGAAAUUUUGUUUACAAGCCAAAUGUUUUGCAUUUUCCGACGGUAUCGUGGGUUCGCGAAAAUGAAAAACGUGGUCCAAAUUCUGGUCGUUCAGACUUCCUAAAUGAUCCUGAUGGUCACUUGUUUAAUACGCUUUUGGACGGUGAACUUGUACUUUGUCACGACCAUUCUAAACCUCCUAACAUAUCCACAUCAGAAAUAUCUGGAACACCUAGAUUCUUAAUUUAUGAUAUAAUUACUUUAAACAAUAAACCUGUUGGUCGGUCUGCAUUUUUGAACGUUAUUCGACAAUUGACAAGCAAGUUAUAUGGCCCAGAAAUACCGGUGGUCACUUGGGACUAGUUGACUUUAGUACGCAAUCUUUUUCAGUCAGGCGAAAAGCAUUUCGCGCUCUGCAAGAUACUGAAGAGCUACUCAAACCUGCGUUUUUGCAAAGCUUGGACCACUCAACAGAUGGCCUUAUAUUUCAGCCUUGUGGUCCUGAAGAUUUUUAUGUUCUUGGAACUUGCCCACAAACCUUAAAAUGGAAACCUCCAAGUAUGAACACAAUUGACUUCAAAUGUAAAGUGGAAUAUCAACGAAAAGUUGGGUAAGGCUACAACUUAUUCUUCUAUUACAAUUCGUUUAAGUUGUUUUUUCCGUUAUAUGUGUUAAUGAUAUGACUUAAGGGAUUGAUAAGAACAUGGAAAAGAAUUUGCACCUUUAACAAAGACUAUUGUUACUUCUAGUAACUUAUCUCUCAAUGAUCAACAGGAAGAUAAGUGGUCCGUGACUACAAAGAAUUAUUAUUUAGGAACAAUACAAUUUUUUUAUAUACGUUCAUAACCAACCUGAAAUCAUAAAAGAAAAAUUACCGGAUUGUUAUCCUUCAUCGGUCCAACGGCAAAAUAAACCGACCAACAAGAUUACUCAGAUCACGUGUGAAAUAGAAAGUCUGUUUCAUCAACCUAUAGUCUAUACUAUUGGUUUCUAAUUUAGUUACUCCUUAUCAAUCAAUUUAUGUAGUGCCAAAUCACGGAAGUUUGAAACAGGGCACUAAUAAAUUUCGAAUCGUAAAAUCCAUAUAGAACAUUCCCGAAUGAAUCAUUAUAUGGUAAAGAUUUAAAUAAUAAUAUUACUUAUGCCUGUUACCCCUCGUGGAGGAACAUAGGGCUCCCACCAGCAUUAUCCAUCCAACUCUGUUUUGGGCAAUUCUUUCCAGUUGCUAUUCAUCCUUCUCAUGUCUGCUCCCAAUUAUCGAUGCAGCGUGUCCUUUGGCCUUCCUUUUUCCUUUUCACUUCAGUAUUCCAAGUUAGGGCUUGUCCCAUGGUACAGUUUGGUGGUCUCCGCAAUGUAUUUCCUAUCCACCUUCAGCGUCUUUCCUAACUUCCUCUUCAUCUGGGAGCUGGUUUGUUCUCUCCCACAGAAGGUUGUUGCUGAUGGUAUCUGGCCAACGGACAUUGAGUAUCUUACGUAGACAAUUGUUUAUAAAUACUUGUACAUUUUGAUGAUGGUUGUGCUAGUUCUCUAGGUUUCAGCUCUGUACUUUAGAACAGGCUUACCGUUUGUGUCGCACUAAGCGCUAGAGCUGAGGCAGCACUAGUCGAUUGGAUCCCCAUUAGAAGUCGGUUAUGUGCUGUUAGAUCAGAAAGUUCCAUCAAAGUGAGAAAUCGGCAUGAGAAACGAUGUCUUUCUGUCAUCUCCGCCUAUGCCCCGACAGAUUGCAGCCCGGAUGCAGUCAAGGAUGAAUUCCACUAUCAGUUAACUGUUCUCCAGAAAGUGCGUUCGACAGAUAUUGUAGUACUAGCCGGAGACUUGAAUGCUCAGGUCGGGCGUCUAGGCACAGAAGAGAGUCGUUUAGGUGGCCGAUGGGGACUCGUUGGUCGUAGGUCAGAUAACGGGGACCGUCUACUGCAACUUUGCACAGACCACAACCUGUUUCUGGCUAACACUAACUUUCGGCACAGUCAUCGCCGAUGUGCCACCUGACGUCCUCCCUCUGCAUCUCAAGCCUGGACUCAGAUUGAUCACAUCGCGAUCAGCUACCGCUGGCGUGGUUGUGUACAAGACUACCGCUCCUUUUGGAGUACCUAUUUGGACUCUGACCAUGCCUUGGUCUGCACCAAUCUUACCUUACUUUUCAGUGGACAACUAAGUGACCGCCAUCAACGGAUUGAUAUUAGCAAGCUGGUUGCAACUUCUGUUGCAAGUAAGUAUCGAACCGAGCUAGCCUCUAGGCUAGCUACCAGUCCACCGAAAAGUAUAGAUGAGCAUUGGUUGCAAUUGCAUGACGCCAUGAAAAUGGUGGGUACAGUCAGUUGUGGGUUUGCGAAACGUCCCGCUUAUAAGCACUGAGUUUCUUCAGGUUCCUUAUAACUCAUUGAAGCCCGUCGGUCUACUCCGGGUGACCGUGAGUUUGACCAUAAACGAAGGAGAUGUUACGUACUGAAAUUGGGCAAAGCUUGCGUAAGGACCGAGAAGCCUGGUGGUCGAAGCGUGCUAAUGAGCUGGAAGCAGCAGCUGCAUCUGGUAGUUACCGGAAGCUCUUCCAACUCAUCCGAACCACUGGCAGCAAGAAGUCUGGUGUGAGUGAAACAAUCUGCGAGGAUGAUGGGAUGCCAAUCACUAACAUCCAUCGACGUCUUGGACGAUGGGCAGAAUUUUUCGAAGGGCAGUUCAACUGGCCUGCUGCUCCGGCAACAUCGGUCAGACUGUCCUGCCCUCCAUGGCUGGUGACGACUGAUCCACCAAACGAGGAGGAAGUCCGCAAGGAACUCCAACUCUUGGAGCGUUACAAAUCAUCAGACCCAGAUGACUUACCUCCGGCUCUUUUUAAAGAUGGUGGUGACUUUCUGACCAAGGAACUGACGACGUUGUUUACAAAGGUUUGAGAACUAGAGAGUGUACCAACAUCAUGGAAUGAGUCGAUAGUUGUCCCUAUCUUUAAAAAGGGUUCACAUCGUUCCUGUAACAUCUAUCGGGGAUAAGUCUACUUCCGAUUGCGUCCAAG